AUUUUCUUGUUUUGUGGGAAGGUACAUUAUAACUCAAAAACCGUUUCUGGAGAAAGUCCUAUGGGAAGUACCGUUAGCAGUCUUCGACCUUAUGUGGCCAUAUCUGUUGACUCGGAACAAAUGGAGCCAGCAAAGAUGAACUUGAUGUCUCUAGACAGUGGUCAGUGUGGAACAAGCUAUGGCGGGAAAAAAAGUGGAGUGAAAAAAGCUAGUCUUUUUGCUUGGGUUACACUUCAGAGUAUUCCAGAGGAGGCAGUACUGAGUCCUCAUGUGCUGGAUUUCUUGGAACAAGCCUUGGAACCUAUCCCUAUCCAUAUGACUAAAUCUACUUCUGCUCCUACAGAUUCCAGUAGCAUGGUAUUUAGUAAUCUAAAGUCUGAGGCAGGAGGAUCAACUCUAGUCACACCAAGCCAAUAUGCAUAUGCCUCCUUCCCUGUUGAUGUUAUUGUUUACUUCCAUAUGCAGCCUUCCAUCAUUCGAUUCAGCUGUCUGCCAGUGUCCCGUGUAGAGUGUUUGUUACGGCUCCCAUCUGUAGAUCUGGUAUUCUCUUCAAAACGAGCUGAAGAUGAACCAAAUGGAGUUAGUGGCACGGAGGGGAUAUCAGGAUCCAAGUUUAAAGCUUCACACUGUCGAAAAGAAAGUGGAUCUAAGAACAAUCUCGACAGCUCCAUGAACCAGACAGCGGCAGGAGGGCUCAGUAUGACUGGCUGUCUAGCUGACUUUUCCCUCUACAUAUUUCACCCUUAUGGAGGCUCUAAAAAGUCUGGAGCUUCUGCUAAAGAAGGGGAGAAAUCUCCAUUAACAACAGCUGAGAGGAAAGACUCUCUCAGUCUUCAAGUAGAGUUUGUGAAAGUCAACAUAUCUCGGAGUCGGAAGCUGAAUGUCUUAUCCAGUGAAGCUGCUUUAUCUAAAGGUUCCAGAAGUGUGGAUGGGAGUAGUGCUAUAAUUAGGUUCUCUGCCAUCUGUGAUGUUGGUUCUGCCUCAUUCAAGUAUGAUAUGCGUCGAUUGACAGAGAUUCUUGCCUUCCCAAAGGCAUGGUAUCGAAGAAGUAUUGCCCGGAGAAUGUUUCUUGGAGAUCAGAGUUCGAGUGCAUUGUUUAGUGACCAGGAGGAUUCCUUAGAAACAAGCAGCAGUAGUGGUACUCUCUCUCCUAAAGGAGCAAAACCUGAUGUGUAUACGUUCACCAGCUCUUCUCACCCACACGUACCCGGUACUCAGCACAGUAGCACUUCCUUCCCUGUGGGAGGAAAAAUGGAAACCAUCUCAGAACACUCGGACAAUGGAUUACCUUCAGAACAACCUCAAGUGACAUAUCAGCACAACCGAGAUAAACUUCAUCUUGAUCUCUUUGAUUCUCAGCAAUCUUGGAACAGAGCAACAGGGUCUCAGAUCUACAUGAGUACGCUAUCAUGUUCUCAAGACUUCAGAAGUAUGCAGCCAUCCUCACCUACUCAGUAUACCACCAGACAAGGAAACACAUGGGAAACAUUGGUGUUAUGUGCCCUUAAUCUUUCUCGCCUUAACGUUCACAUGAAUAUGGGUAAUGUGAUGGGAAACACAACGUGGCUUACAAGAGAUCUCAAAUCACAAGGAAGACUGUCAAUAAGCAGUAGUGGACACAAAAACUUCUUCAUCACAAUGACUCUCGUCGGUUCUUCACUUGAUGCUAAAGGAGGAAUUGUGGGAGGAAACAUCGAGCUUAGUGAAAUCGAUACAACAUUACACCUGAAAGAAGAUGUAAAGAAAGAACCAGAUCAUACAGUUACCCUGAAGCUUGGAGCAUUAGAGUCGAGAUUGGACUAUAUGGGCACCAGUGUCUUGAUGGGAAGAGUUAGCACACUAGAAACUACACUCAGAGAUGAAUGGAGAGUUACUUCCGAGAAGGGAGAUGAUGCUCUAAUGGCUAAACCAACAAAACGUCCUGCUUUAAUUUUCAUCCAUGGGAACUUAGGCUGGGAUCAGUUACAGCUACUGAUCUCCAAGUCAACCACUACUGACAUUGUUAAAAUGUACACUAAGCUGGAGGAAUUCUUCUCCCAGCAGUUCCACAGCAGUAAACGUGUUUUCUCUUCACUCCAGCCACACUACCAGCGACACUCCAUUAGAAACCCAACUCGACGAUUAAAGCAACAUCCAGAAGGACUUCCAGGAGAUGCUGAAACUCGCCAUCACAGACACUGGCAAAAGGUGCUGCGGCUGGUGUCCAGACUUCAACUUAGUACACUUCCAUUUGCUCUUCCACGUCGAGGUACGAUUCUAGGUGGCACAAUGGAGUUGUCCGGAAACAACAUCUCUUUGGCAUGCUUCCAUGGAAUAAACUUCCGUUCAAAAGCAUGGGCCAUUUUCAGCUUAAAGGAACCCACUGUGACCUUUGCAACUGAAGCCCAAGAUGUGAAUAAUGAUGAUGGCACAGUAGCAACCCACAUUGUCCAAAACCUGUCCUUCACUUUAGGCCACAGUGGAACAGAGUCAGCUCACCACAUCAGUAUGGCCACUGUUUGCAGGAUCUCACGUAACGUGUUAUUCCCACCUCAGUUUCGCAGUAUGAACGAAUGGUUCCAUUAUGCUUUUGCCACCAGUGAAAUUGACGAUGUGGGCAGGUUUCCUGUUCUUGAACAUGAUCGAGAUGGAGGAGAACGUCGCUCUUCCUUCAGCUUACCUUCCAAGUCUCCCGAGUUUAACCAUAACAUGGAAGUCAUUUUUGCUCUUCCAAGUCUACAGUUUCAUUUAAAAACGGAACACCUGCAAGGCGAACAAACUCCAACUUUAGUUGAUCCUAAGCCAAUAGUGGACUGCAGUUUUGUAACAGAGUUUGAUGAUCACAUAUACGUAGCUGUGGAUGCAGAAGCAUUCUUCUUUCUUCAUGAUGUCAUAACCAGCUACAUCAAAGAGAAGGAUAGUGGUUAUGGGAAGAAUCAAUCACCUGACAGUGAGAGGAAGAAGAAAAUAGCACAUCCCACAGAAGCCCUGCAGAAGGACUGGAGGAACUAUCAGUGCCACACUUGGCAUUUGGAACCCACUGUUAGGUAAAG